AUGGCCCCUGUAAUGCUCAAGACCGUCGAUGACGACAUUCGCGAUGUUGUUCAGCAUCUCUUCGAGAUCCAAUCAGCCGUCCAUGGCUAUCUCGGUCCCGAGACACAGCAGGAGCUGGUGCGCAAAAUAAAGAACCUCACCAUUGCGCUCAAAACACUUCACACUCACACCGAGCUCCCUCCCAAUGCUGCCGAGACCGCCACUCCCAACACCGCGGAUCCGUCCAAUCCCCCUCUCGCCAGUAUCCAACUCCCACCCGAGAUCAUCGAAUACGUCGACGCGGCGCGUAAUCCGGACAUCUACACGCGUGAGUUUGUGGAACUGGUCCAGCGCGGCAAUCAGGAUUUGAAGGGGAAACGGGAAGCCUUUGCCGACUUUCGUGACGUGUUGGCGCGGGAAAUGCGCAGCGCCAUGCCCGAGUGCCGCGGCGAGGUGGACCGGGUCAUGGCCAUGACGGGCGGUACUACAGAGGGCGAUUCUCACGCUCGUGCUGAGAGCGCAUCCAAGUGA